GUCACACGAAACGGCACCCACGAGAACUUGAAGCCGAUGUCCGGAAAACCUUGAUCGGGUGUUUUUCACUGCUACAGGGUUCUGCUCACCAUUACGCCGAACUGAUUCAAGGAUCCCCCGUGAAUACGACACCAUCCGUAUCAAUCACGGCAGCGGGGCUAUACUUUUCGACGACUGUGUCAGGCAUGGUUGGUUCUAAGGUCGGCGAAGCUUGUGUGCUGCUUCCAUUGGCCAACAGAACUCAUGGAAUACCCGAGUUUUGCAAGGAUGCUGAAUACGAGGAGACGUAUGACUCCACGUACAAUGUAGCAUUUUACACCAAAUUCAACAAGCAGCCUACCUUUGCAUUCAGCUACGACAACAAGCAGUCCCUGCGCUACAAGCUGUGCUCAUUGAAGGCCAACUACACCACGCUACAUUAUGGUAUCGCUGUCUUCGAUCUGGACGUGGAUGACUGGGACAACAAGUGUGGCUUCGGAAACUACAGCAGACUGAGAUUUGUCAAAGACUUACUCAACUACUUUCGUUUUGGUUUCUUCAGCCCUGGCGACAUCAGCGGUUGCCUUAAAUUGUGACUGCGUUCUGGUUGAUAGGACUGAUGACUGCGUUUUGUGCGUGUUUGUUCGCGAUAAUUUUUGCAUUGUUAUAGUGCUAAAGACUUUUCUUCAUCGUUAUGUUGUAACAUCUAUGGCGUUCGGUAUUAAUCUGCACAUUUGGAGCUAGCUUAUAUUCUGGUUAUAGAUUCAGGUAAAUAUUUACUAGAAAAAAACUACAGCUAUGUCAAGCCAGAUUCUUGGCAGCA